GGGCCGCGGGCAGGGUGGGGGCGGGUGUUCUGCUGAGCUGCGUUUUCUCACGUUUGCAGCGGCGAAAACUUCUCUGCGGGUUCUGGCGCUGGGGCAGCGGCCCCGCAACGACUGCCCGGGCUGCGGGGAGGGGAGGCGAGCAGAGAACGUCCAGGGUGAUGUGAGCAGAGCCCAGGAAUGCCUUAUGUGGAUCGGCAGAACCGCAUCUGUGGGUUUCUGGACAUCGAGGAGAAUGAGGGCAGUGGCAAGUUUCUGCGGAGGUACUUUAUCCUGGACACGCAGGCCAACUGCCUCCUCUGGUACAUGGACAACCCCCAGAACCUGGCAGUUGGGGCAGGAGCCGUUGGAUCUUUGCAGCUGACCUACAUCUCGAAGGUGAGCAUAGCUACCCCAAAGCAGAAACCCAAAACUCCGUUUUGCUUCGUCAUCAAUGCCCUGUCACAGAGGUAUUUUCUUCAAGCCAAUGACCAGAAAGAUCUGAAGGACUGGGUCGAAGCCCUGAACCAAGCCAGCAAAAUCACUGUACCCAAAGCUGGGAACCUGCCCCUGACGACUGAAGUUCUCAAAAGCCUAGCAGUUCCUCCGGCCCUGGAGAAGAAGCCACAGGUGGCCUACAAGACUGAGAUCAUCGGAGGGGUGGUGGUGCACACGCCCAUCAACCAGAACGGUGGGGAUGGGCAGGAGGGGAGCGAGCCCGGCUCCCACGCCAUCCUCCGAAGGUCUCAGAGUUACAUCCCCACGACGGGCUGCCGUGCGCCCCCCGGGCCUCCCCUCAUUAAGAGCGGCUACUGUGUGAAGCAAGGGAACGUGCGGAAGAGCUGGAAACGGCGCUUCUUUGCGCUCGAUGACUUUACCAUCUGCUACUUCAAGUGUGAGCAGGACCGAGAACCACUGCGGACCAUAUUCCUCAAGGAUGUUCUCAAGACCCAUGAGUGUCUGGUCAAGUCUGGCGAUCUCCUAAUGAGGGACAACCUGUUUGAAAUAAUCACAAGCUCGAGGACCUUCUACGUGCAGGCAGACAGCCCAGAAGACAUGCACAGCUGGAUUAAGGAGAUCGGGGCAGCUGUCCAGGCCCUCAAGUGCCACCCCAGAGAAAUGUCCUUUUCUAGGUCCAUUUCUUUGACCCGCUCUGGAAGCUCCAGCCUUGCAGGGGGGCCCAACUCUGCCUUGUGCAGAGGGCGGCCCCCUGUGGAGGAGAGAAGGGCCCUCUGCAAGGCCCCCUCCGUGGCCUCGUCCUGGCAGCCGUGGACGCCUGUCCCCCGGGCUGGGGAAAAGCUGCUUCCCGCCGAAGAGACUCUCGAGGACUCUUUGUUCACGCCUCGCCCCGGGGAGAGCGGCACUGCUGGGGUGUCCCCCAGCUCCCGAAUGAGGCACAGAUCUGAGCCCCAGCACCCCAAGGAGAAGCCGUUUGUGUUCAGCCUGGAUGAUGCGAGCAUACGGACCUCUGACGUGUGAUGAGGCGUGGUGCCCGGGGAGGGUCGGUGGGGGGGCAGCUCAGACAAGGGGCCUCGGUGCAGCUUCUCCACCUGCUCGAGUCCCUGGGGAGCUCUGUGGGAGGGGCCCGCCCAGCUGGCUUAAAAAAUAUGUAUAUCAAUGCAGUGUAUUUAAUUUGGGGAAAGUCACUAGGUUAGGCCUGUAGGUAUGCCCAGUGGAGAGCAGGGUGCCUCUUACUUGACUAUUCCAAGGUCUUCCUGGUGAGAGGAGGUUGGAAGUCCAAUCUCAUCCCCAACCAAGUUUUAUUUCACUGUCUUAGUCUUAUCCCUUUGUUUCCAAGCCAGGCACAGAAUCUUAAGGCUGGUCAUCUGGUUUUAUCCUAUUUCCUGUUUAUUGGCUGACGUUUGACUGUGAAGAGGAGGGUGGUGACUAGUGCAGCUGAUGGGAGGGGGGAGGAGGGGGCAGACCCAGGCUCCAGCUCCACAGGGACACAUUCUGAGGGGAGGUGUUAAAAUCUGGGGGCUCAGGGGGGUCCCUCAGAAUGUUGACCAGGGCUGAUCCCCCCAGGGGACCUCCAUAGGGGAAGACCUAGGGACCUCUUGUAAGGUACGGGGAAUGAUUCCACCCCAGCGCAUCAGCCAGUUUUGGAAAUGACUCUCUACUUUUCUGGACGUUCUCUGACCCUAAAUACUGUCGAUGUGAGAGACAGACCCGCCCACCCAGCUUCUCUGUCAGGCCCCAAGGAUGCGUGAUAUCAGCGUUCAGUGUAGAGAACAGAAUGGACAGUACCCUUGAUAACCGGGUUACUUGGAACAUGGGGAGGGUUGAUGAAUGUGUGAUAAUUCACUCCUGUGACAGAUCAGAUCUCUGUUCUAGAAUGUGAGAGUCACUUUACAGCCGGUGCUGGGAAGAGAUGGAUUAUAGUUCACCCAGCUCAAAUGUUUUGAUCCAUGUUUUCCAGAUAGAAGAAAAGGUCUGUGUUAGCAAAGACGGAUGACCUUGACUCUGUGCCUCACAGCCCUUCUUUAAGGGGCCGAUGGAAGUCUAAUUUUCAGUGCUGUGUGGUGUGUACCCUGCCAGGUGUGCUUUCUUCCCAUGCUCUGUGUUGCCCUUUGAAUGAUGCCUUGUGUACUUGCAUGAUCACACCUGUCAUCUGAUGAGGUCCCCUGUACUUAACAGCGAACAGAUAACAAAGAUAAUCUCGAGAGAUAUUUAUAUUUUUAAUAAAAUAGAAACUGUGCAUAGAAACAUUGAUUUAGAGGCUGUGCUUUGCUGCCUAGAGACUUCCCGGAGAGAAGAACAUAGGUUGUAUUUCCCACGCCACAUCUUAGGAGCUACAUUCUUCUGUUUGACAAGGGAGUCUUCUAUAUUUCCAGGGUCCCUGGGAGAAUCUGUCCAUCUGGCUUAGGUGGUGAACCUGAAGGGGUUCCCUGAAGGGAGGGAGCUUAACUCACCUCUGUCUAUAACUUUUUAUCAGCUAGAUCAUUCACUUUUGUGUUUACAUUAAAAAUUAGUGACUAGAGGAGGAGAUUAGGAGAAGCAUUUUUACCUAAGUCAGUCCUUUCCCCUGCUUAUGCCCAAAUCUCAUGCAGGGGCAAAAACAUGUGAUCAGGAAAUCCUUACUGGCUGGAGGAAAAUCCUCUGUGUCUUUCAGGCACUGGAAUCUCCUUGAAGUCUGUGUCAGGUUGAGGACUUUUCUUGACUGCGCUGCUUAAACCUUCAUUUAAGUUGUUUGGCUGAGUGGUCCUGGUGUCAACAUUGAUACAAAAAAGGAAAUCUGCCCUGGAUUGAUUGGUCAAUUGAUCAAUCUCUCUCUUUUUCUGUUUUCUGCAGCCUCUUGUAUACUUUUAUCUUCAGAAAUCCGUGGUUUGGGGAUUAUUUAUCUGAGUGGUCAGGGAGACAAUAUACUUCAAGUGGUCUGAUUUCAAGAAGCCAUUCCCAGUUCUUAAAACUGUUUUGUCUCUAGUUUCAUCUUCAAAUUUUACUUCAGAAAAUUCUUUGGCUAGGUCAGUGAUACGGAACUACCAAAAGUAAAUUAGGAACUUUUGAGAUUUAUUUAAACAGUCCCUAACUCAUGGAGAGAUGUCAUCUCUUGAUGUUUAAGUUGUGAAAACCUAUCCAUUUCUCUCUCUUUCAAGUAAACUGCUGAAUUACCAUUGCUAAAUCAAUUGGCCAUUAUAGUAAGCUGAUCUGUUUCUUAUUCAGUAAGGUCUAUUUUGAGAAUGUACCAAAUUAAACAUACUUAUAAAUCCAGAUUGUAUUAUCGUGGUAGAGGGCAAACAAGGACUCUAGUUGGCAAAUAUUUGGGAAUUCCAAGUUAGAACAUUGUUAAUGUAGUUCCAACACCGGCUAAAUAUAAUUAUCUUCAAGGAAAGACAUUCUCCUUCCCAAAUCUGAAUCUGAAUUCUGAAAUUGAAUUCCUUUUUGUGUCCGUAUUUCUUACCUUCUGGUUUAUUUCGUAUCACCACCUUUUAAUGUAACUACCUGUGUGAGCCAAAGAUGGCGCCUGUACCGCUAGAGCCUCUGGUUUUAAAUGUGUAAAAUGGAACCAAAUGGAAAGAACAGGGUGGGGACGCAAUAUUGGUUAGUAAGUUAAGUGCAUAGGCUUGGGCAUAAAUCUGUGUUUAAAAAAAAAAAAAAAAGAACCAAAAAAGAUACUGCAUUUUCUUUGUGGAGUAAAAACAUUCUCUGAGUUGUGCCGUUUUCAUAAGACAUUGGACGUGGUCUUGACCCACUGUGUGUAACAGUAUUUUGUGUGUCUCUCCAUAGCUGAACGAUUAUUGUCCACUGUUCUUGAAAGUUAAGGAUUUGCCUGUUCGCGGUCAGCUGAUGGCUGGUGAACAUGGUUUGUCCUUUUGUAUUCAGUGAGACGACAUAAUUGUACUAAGGUGUCCACCUAGCAAAGUGAGUCAGGUCAAAAUAUGAGAAUUUCAAAUCUGUUUCUGAGUAGAAUGCUGAGCUCCCAUGAGAAAGAAUCCAACUUCAUAGUUCCCUUGAAGCAGAACUUUUCUUUUUUUUUCCUUUUUCUUUUUGACCCAAACCUAACUGGGCUCUGAUAUGGGCUAAAAAGAUCCAAUAAGGUAGCAGAUUCAGUAGUGGAGAGCAGUGGCACCUGGUAUGUUUAUUUCCACUGUUAACCAGAUAAACAGACAAAUUGGGGUAGCAGCAUUUUGGAAACUGGGUUUCCCAAAUCAGCUUUGUUUCAUAAUCUGUGAACAUGUCAGAAAUGAGCAGGUUUAUUAAAUCUUUUUUUCUCUUACUCCAUUUCUCUUUCUCUGUUAUGCCUGCACUAGUGAAUGACAGCCACUCAUGCUAGGAAGAAUCUGAAUAAAGCAGACAUUUGGCCCAAACCUCUACUGUUUGACCCUUCCCCGGUUGCUUCUGAGGGUGUGGCAUGACUCUGUUUUGAACCAGUGUGUUUCAGCUGUGAAAUGCACUCCCCGUAGGCUCUGAGCUGAGUGCAUGGAAACUGUUACGCUUCUCAUUUUACGUGGUCUGCUAAUUGGUAUGUAGCAAAAAAUAAUUUUCUAAAACUGUUUUGUUGCUUGUUUUGUAAUAAAACCAUGUGAGAUACUGAAA